UUCUCUCCUGGCAGGAGAUGUGACAGGCAGCACCCAUGGCUCCCUUGGUGGGACUUGUCGGCGAAGGAGACCACCUGACCCCUGGGGGACCAGGAGCCGUUCUCUGAGACAGUGCAGGUGCAAAGGAGUGAGACCCACACCAGCAGGGUAUUCUGCACAAUCUGAAGGCCCUGCAGACAUCUCGAGAUCUCCAGAAAGUCAGUGUUGCAAAUCCACUUAAUGUCACGACGUCCUGACGUGGGAGCUUUGUAUGGGAUGGAGCCCACAGCUACGGGACGGACCGAGAAAAGCUUCAGCUACGUUGUCAGAGCGCCCAGCAGUGAUGGGUUUGACGUAAUGAACGUUGAUGUGAAGAUCGACACUCGCUGGGUAUUUCAGGACGCAGAGGACAGCGGUGAGGAGCGGGGCCGUCCUGCGGACAGAGCAGCCGGAAGCCCAGACGUGGAUACGGGCACGCUCAGGAAGCAGCUGGAAUCCUCCGAGCGAAAGCUCUUGGCAACUGUGGACAAGUACGUGAUGUCCGAGGCUGGACUGAGGAGCAGAAUCCAGGAGCUGGAGCUCUCCGAAAGACACCUCCUCCGGACGGUGGAGCAGCUGAGCGCCCGCAUGGCACAGGAAAGGAGCGCCGCUGUCCAAGCCCAGGAGAAGCUGCAAGCCUUGCUGGGGGAGCUGGCCAGCCAGGUUCUGGAGAAGGAGCGCGCGGCCCGGCGGCUGCGGGAGCGGCUGCGGCGCAAGGACGAGGCGCUGGGUCGGCAGGCGGCGGCCCUGGAGCGGGGCCGGCGGACCCAGCGGCUCCAGCUGGGCCUGUUGCGCGAGCAGGAGCGCGGCCUGCGGGAGCAGGUGCAGCGGCUGGAGCGGGACGUGCGGCGCCUCUGUCGCGCGGCUGGCCUCUUGCUGGCUGAGCUGGACGCCCCGGCCCCGGGCAGCCCCCGCCCCCGCCCUCGCCCCCUCGGCCGGGCUGGCCCCCGGGGCGACCCCGGGGAGGCCGCGGAGCGGCGCGCCCUGCAGACGCGGGCCGAGCGUGGCGAGCGCGAGCAGGACGAGGCUGCGCGCCGGCUUCGGGACCACCGCGCCACAGAGCGCCGGCUCCGCGGGCAGCUGGAGGAUCUGCGCUGCUGCAUCUAUGAGCUCAAGCUGUCGGAGAUCGGCCUGCAGGGCCAGGUGGAGGACCUCGCCCGGCAAAACCAGAGCCUGCGCGAGGCGCUGGGGGCCCAGGCCCCGGGGGAGAGAGCGCGCAGUGCCGCCCCUGCCGGUCACUGCAGCCGGGUGGUGGUGAUCCUCAGGCCGCCUCUGGGGCUCACGCGCCUUGAGUCAGUGAGAAACCAGCCCUCUGAGGGCCGCUGCUCCUGGGGAUGCAUCGGGGUUGGACAAGGCCCCUCUGUUUUGGUGCCAGGCCUGGAGACCACGGAUGAGUCACUGGAAGACGUCACAGGAUCUGACUGUGGACUGCCGACUCCUGCUGAGCCUAGCUUGGAUGAACAGGCUCUCCUUCUCCCCUGUGGCUGCCCCCCGGGGCAGUACAGGGACGGCUCACCCCUCCCCGUGGAGCUGGCCUGGAUUUUGGGGCGGAGGCUAACAGCUGCCCAGGCCCAGGGGUCCUUUCUCCUGGUGCAGACAUCGACAGUCCCUCCCCGGGGGCCGGCCAGAGACCCCUCUUCCCUGCUGCCGCUGCUCCAGGAGUCUUCUCCACAAGAAUCCCAAAUGCAACAGAUGCUGGAUGCCAGAGCCAUAGGACAGCCCCGUCGGGAUCAUCACUGGGCAAGGAGCCCCAAAGCCCCCCUCUGCCAGGAGUCCCCACAGACUUCAAGUCACCGAUUUCCCAGGAGAGGGCCCAGAGAUCUGAAAGACCCUUGGAAAGACGGAGGAGGACCAGAGUGGAGAACGGAAGAGCAGGGGGCGAGGCGGGCUUGGGACAGGAAGGAGGAAGACGUCCACCGAGACGGGAGCAAGCUAAGUCAGGAAAGCCGAGUGAACCUGAACUUGCGGGGUGGCGUGUGCAUCCAGAACGGGGCUUUAGAAACCCAGGCCUCUGCCUCCUGCCCUUGGCCCAGGCCAAAUCUCCCACUGCCUCUUCUACAGGGGGAGGUCUCAGUGCCAACGGAGGGGCCCAAACCCCUGAGUGGGAGGGGGAGGGGGACUGAACCCACCAGUAACCCGUGGGCUCUAAGCAAAGGACCUGGCAGUUCUGAGCUCAGACUAGACGAAUUUGAAAAGGAGAUGGAAGCUUGUUUCCAGCAACUCUCCAUCCUGGAGCUUGAGGGUGGGGGGCGGUGGCCGCAAGCCUCCACGCUGGCGGGAGAGAGCAGGAACUUGCCUGGGAAAUGGCCCCGCUACCAGGGGAAGGCUUACUCCUGGCAGGCUUUGGGAAACGAGGGCUUGGAUAUUUGUUUGGCCAGCGAAGUCAGACCCGGGGAGGUUAGUGAAGAGAUUAGACCAGGAGAGACAGAGGCCUUGGGAGCCAGCGUGGUUCUUCCUGGGACGGUGCCUGAUUUGGAUGAUGUGAGUCCGCGUCCAGAGGGGCCCGCCGAGUUGGGUCGGAACCAGCCACCAAGAGCCCUUGAAAGGCAGAAGAGAAGGUUCCAGCAGCUCAUUUCUGGACUGAAAAAAGAGAGAAGCCAGGUUUUACGUGACAAUGCCGAGCUUUGGGGCGACCGAGAGAGAUGCCGUAGAAAAUUGCGCAUCCUUGAAAAAGAGAGGGACAGAAAUGGGACAAAGAUCGCCACGCUGGGACAGGAAAACAGCACAUUGUUAGGGGACAUCUCUCACUUAAAGGGGGAGCUGGACCAGUGCUGGCAGGUCAUUUCCGAACUUGAAGACUGCAACGGGAAAAGUUACAGUAAAAUUUCUGAGCUCGAACAGGAGAACGAGAAGCUGAAAAGGCACGUGGCCCAGCUUCACAAAGCCACAUGGGAGAGCCUCAGAAAAUCCCAAGGUGUGGUGGAACGCGUCACCCUGGGAAACCAGGAGCUCAAGGCACUGAUCUCGGAGCUCGGGGUCAGUUACAAGGAGCUGAUGAAGGGUGUAAUGCUGGGGAUAGAAGACACGGUCCGGGCCUUCAGCGGGGAGAAUGCCCACCUUCUGCGCAGGAUCCGCGUCUUGGAGACGGAAGUCGCAGUGGGGGCGAGCACCGCCGUGGGCUGCGUAGUGAGAGCAGAGGAGGGUCUGCAGGGGGAAAGCAAGAUGCAGGGGGACAAAGGGAACAUUGUGGAAAGGGAGGGGCAGGUGACUCGGCUCUCAGGGCAACUGACCCCAAGAGCCCACGGACUGCCCUUGGAGGAGAAAUCGGGUCCGGCUGACAGGUGGAUGGGGCCUUCCUUAGGCACGGAGAAUUCCAGAUACGAUGUCAAUUCUGGCACUCUGUCCUUGGUCUGGGGGGAUGCCGAGGUGUCCAGUGCCCCACAAGGACACAUCAAUGGAGCAGGAAUAAAAGAAGCACAUUUGGAAGAGGAGGAGGAAAGACCAGGGUGUUCUGCGGACCCAGGGCAAGCUCCGACCACCCCGAGCAAUGGCCCCCAGCUGCGGGACCCAGAGGUGGACCCCCCCACGGAGGACCUGAGGCUGCGCGUGGGGCGGCUCCAGCACCAGGUGCUGACCCUGCAGUGCCAACUCAGAGACCAGGCGUCUGCCCACCUCCAGCUGCAGGUGACGCUCGGGGAAGCCGCCCGCCUCCGGGACCAGCUCCAGGCCCCUGAGGAUGCCCGGCAUCCGUGGACCCACCUGGCUGUGUCUCUGCUCCCACACCUUCAGGCCAAGCUGGCUUCCCUGGUCCAGAAGUGCCGGGAGAGGAACCGCCUGAUCAGGCACAUACUGCAGGAGCUGUGCAGACACGGGGCGGAGGAUCAGCUGCUCUCUGAGAUGGCGCAGAGCAUGGGGGACGACGUGGUGCUGGCUGAGUACGCGGCCACCUUCCUGGCUCCGGGGCUCCCGGAGACCAGCCGCCAUCUGGAUGUCGAGUCUGAGAAGGCAGCUGUUGUAAGAGCUCAGAAAUACCUCCUGAAUCCCAAAAUGGACAGUAUCAUCAUCCAAAGACCUUUGCAUUCAGAGUCCUGGCCUCUUCCCGAGGCUGAAUGGCCAGCACAGACGGCUCGACUGCAUUCUCUGAAGCUUCCCCUGCCCUCGGGGUGGACGUCUGCUCCUGGAGUGUGCCCAGCUGAAGCCACCUCAGAACCAGCACUCCCCACACAGCACCUGCAAGAAGAAGGUGGACUGUCCUGUCCCAUCCCCCGAGCUGAUGGCCUCUCGCCACCCUCUGAGCUCCUGAGUCCUGCAAGGAUCCUGGCUUUCCACAAAGAGCUUCAACAAAGCAUUUGCAGCAAUUCCCAGGUCAAUAAAUCACCACUGGAGUUAUAA